CUUGCGUUGCGUCUUUUCUUUUACCAUUUUUAACCAGCCAUUGAGCUAUUAUUCAUUAUUCUAUUAUUGAAUUUUAGUGUUAGUUAAAGUGGAAGCGGUUUGAGUAAUAGAUAAUAAUUACAUUCUCUCUAUUUUAAAUUACGCCUUGACCUGGUGGUGAGUAAAGGUUCAAUAUGAAAGGAGACGAUAAUAAACACCAAGAACCUGAGCAGUUCAGGAAACUUUUUAUUGGGGGUCUCGAUUUCCACACUACUGACGAAUCUCUGAAGGAACAUUUUGAAAAAUGGGGUACAAUUGUGGAUGUUGUGGUAAUGAAGGAUCCUACAACCAAAAGAUCAAGAGGAUUUGGCUUUAUUACAUAUUCAAAAGCCCAUAUGGUUGAUGAUGCUCAAAAUGCUAGGCCUCACAGAGUUGAUGGUAGAGUAGUUGAACCCAAGAGAGCAAUACCGAGACAAGACAUUGAUAGACAUGACGCUGGAGCAACUGUAAAAAAAUUGUUUGUUGGUGGAAUGAAGGAUGAUAUUGAAGAAGAAGACCUAAAAGAUUAUUUUACAAAGUUUGGUAGCAUUAUGUCUGUCAGUGUUGUUUGUGACAAAGAUACUGGAAAAAAGAGGGGAUUUGGAUUUGUGGAAUUUGAAGAUUAUGACUCUGUAGAUAAAGUUAUCUUACAAAGAAGCCACACAAUCAAAGGUAGGAAUGUCGAUGUUAAAAAGGCCUUAAGCAAAUCAGAGAUGGAUCGUGUGUCAAAUAGAGGAGGAGGAGGUGGUAUGGGUGGUGGCAGGGGUGGAAACUUCAACCAAGGUGGUGGAGGUGGAAACUGGAACCGUGGAGGUGGAGAUUGGAAUCAAGGUGGAUCAGGAGGUUAUGGAGGAGGUGGUGGUGGUGGACCCUGGUCUCAAGGACCAUGGGAUAAUAAUCAAGGUGGGCUUGAUGGCGGACAAGGAGGAUCAGGAGCAUGGAAUCAAGGAGGAUACAACAAUCAAGGAGGUUCGGGACCAUGGGGACAAGGAGGACAAGACAACUUUGGUAACAACUAUCAGCAAGGUUAUGGAGGUGGGGCUAUGAGAAAUAAUUAUCAGCAACAAAGGCCCGGACCAUACAAUAAUUCAUCAAAUUCUGGAAAUAGGGACAGUGAGAAUAAUAGUGGCUACGGAGGUGGCAGCGGCGGCGGCUACAACACUGGCAACCAAGGUGGUGGUCUAGGAGGCAACAGGAGAUUUUAAGACGUAAGUGCACUGAUACACUGCUGAAGUUGUUUAAUGCUAAAAGUAUAUCACUGCAGUGAAAGUGUACCUCAUAUCGCUAAGCAAAAAUUCAUCCCAUCAUUCUAUAAAACCACAAAUUACUAGGGAAUUCAUAAAUUCGUCAGUCAGUGUUAGGAAAUUUUAAAGUGACAGAAUAGACUUUCGUUUAGUGUUUUGGUUUAUUUUUAAGGACCUUUUUGAUAAUUCAGAUAUAAUUUUAGAAUAUCGUAUGACUUACUUAAGGUAGUAGUUUUGUAUUGUGUGACCUAUUACAUUUUGACUAUACCUCUAUCGAGAUAGGUGUGUAGGUUAAAUAUUGUAUUGUAUUUUCAGAUUAAAGAUAUGUAGUAAACAUAA